AUGGAGAAAUUGAAGACACUUCUCGUUGCAAAUCGUGGCGAGAUCGCCACCCGCAUCAUCAGGACAUCAAAGAGGCUCGGAAUCCGCACUAUCUCUAUUUACACUGCCGCUGAUGCUAGCUCGACCCAUGUCUCGGACGCGGACGAGGCGAUUCUCUUGACUGGACCAGACUCCAAGGCAUAUCUGGAUGGCGACCAGAUUGUCGAGAUCGCUAAGUCGAAGAAUGUCGAUGUCAUCAUUCCGGGCUAUGGCUUUCUAUCUGAGAACACCGACUUUGCUCGACAAGUCACUGAAGCGGACAUGGUGUUUGCGGGCCCGAGUCCAAAGGCGAUCGAGGCUUUCGGUAUCAAGCAUACUGCCAGAGAGCUUGCAGAGAAGGCUGACGUGCCGAUUGUUCCUGGUACUAAAGGUCUUGUUGGGUCCGAGCAAGAAGCUGUGGACGAGGCAAACAAGCUUGGAUUUCCUGUCAUGCUAAAGGCCACGGCUGGAGGCGGUGGUAUGGGCUUGCUGACGUGUCACGAUGAGAAGUCUGUCAGAGAAUCCUUCAAAACAGUCCAAUCCCGCGGGGAGACCCUGUUCAAGAACGCAGGCUUGUUCAUCGAGAAGUACUACCCGUCUUCGCAUCAUAUCGAAGUACAGAUAUUUGGCAACGGUCAAGGUAAAGCUAUUCAUUUCGGUGAACGGGAGUGCUCAAUCCAACGGCGCCAUCAGAAAGUCAUCGAGGAGUCUCCCAGUCCAUUCGUGACGGCGCAUCCGGAGCUACGGGAGAAACUUGGUGCUGCCGCGGUCAGGCUCGCAGAAUCGAUUAGCUAUGGAUCUGCUGGGACUAUUGAGUAUCUCGUCGAUGACGAGUCUGGCAAGUUCUUCUUCCUUGAGAUGAAUACGCGUCUACAGGUCGAGCAUGGAAUUACCGAGCUGUGCUACAAUGUGGAUCUGGUGGAGCUAAUGCUCAAGCAAGCCGAUGCCGAAUUGCAGGGCAAGGGUGGACUAGGCGCAGACUAUCUCGCCAGUUUGCAACCAGAAGGACCAAAGGGAGCCGCGGUCGAAGCACGAAUUUAUGCUGAGAACCCAGCGAAGGAUUAUGCACCGUCGCCAGGCACCCUACAAGAAGUAAUGUGGAAGGAAGUGCCAGGUUCUCGAAUCGACACUUGGAUACAUCGUGGCACCAAGGUCACUGCAAACUACGAUCCUUUGCUUGCGAAGGCCAUGGUCUACGCAGAUAGCCGAGAUGCUGCGGUGAAGGGCAUGAUAGACUUAUUGCGCGGCUCGAAGAUUCUUGGUCCACCCACGAAUCUUGACUUUCUAGCCUGCGUGUUGGAGGAUGAGACUGUCAGAUCGGGCAAGACACUCACCAAAUUCCUUUCGACAUUCGACUAUUCUCCGGCUGCCAUUGAUGUGCUGCAAGGUGGUGCGUACACACUGGUCGAGGACUGGCCUGGACGUCCGACCAUCGGUAGAGGCUUCUCACAUUCGGGUCCUAUGGAUCCGCUCGCUUUCCGUAUAGCCAACAGCCUUGUAGGCAAUGACGCGGGAAUAGCUGGACUGGAAAUAACGCUCAGUGGGCCAGAUCUGCGCUUUCUCGGCCCGGCAAUCAUAGCCUUGACCGGUGCACCUAUGGAGGCUUCGAUCGAUGGCAAAGCGGUGCCGUUCUGGCAGAGACUGAAGAUCGAGGCCGGCCAGCGGCUCAAGAUUGGAAAGACAACCGGGGGUGGCUGCAGAUCAUAUCUUGCUAUCUGGGGCGGCCUUCCCACCAUUGCAGAGUGGUUCGGAUCAAAGUCUACCGCACCCAUGACCGCCGUUGGGGGCUAUCAAGGCAGAGCUCUCGCUGCUGGUGAUCUGCUUGGCAUCAGUGGCAAUGUGCCUGAGGUCAAAGGUGAGCUGAAGCUCCCUGAAAAUCUGAUUCCGGAGUAUCCUGAGGAGUGGAACAUUCUAUCCAUGCCGGGUCCGUAUGACGAGGGCUUCAUCACCGAUCAAGCUAUCGAAAACUUGUAUACUACCGAAUUCAAAAUUUCGCACAAUGCUGCGCGCGGUGGUAUCCGCUUGCUAGGUGGCAAGGCAGAAUGGGCAAGAUCAGAUGGUGGUGAGGGUGGAUCCCACCCAUCUAAUGUUAUCGAGUAUGGCUAUCCCGUCGGCGGAUUGAACUGGACCGGUGAUGAUCCAGUCCUGUUCCCAGUCGAUGCGCCUGAUCUUGGCGGCUUUGUCUGCAGCACAACGAUCGUCAAAGCAGAUUAUUGGCGGUUCGGGCAAAUGAAGGCUGGCAACAAGCUGCACUUCGUUCGUGUGUCCUAUGAAGACGCCAUAGCAAAGCGCAAGGAGGUUGAGAAGUUCCUCGCUGACGUGAAUUCGGCCUGCAACGGCAACGGCGAUUUUGAGGCCUCCACGAAGAAAGAAAAGGCGAUCAUCCACAAGAUUGAAGAAAAAGGCAACAACCCACUUGUGUCAUACCGGCAGGGUGGUGAUGACUUCAUCCUGGUUGAUUAUGGUCACGGUGCUUUCGAUCUCAACUACCGCUGCCGUUCAGUUGCACUCUACCGGAAGCUCAAAGAGCAAAAGGGCGAUAUUUCCUUCGGUGCAGGCACAAUCUACACAGGCAUGGCGUGUGGCAAUUCUUUGAUGAUCUAUUACGAUUCGUUGACUGUUGGCCGAGACAAUAUGAUGAAGCUCCUGCUCAAGCUUGAGGACGAAAUGGGAGAUCUCAGCUCAUCCAAGUUUCCUAGUCGCUUGUAUAAGCUGCCAAUUGCAUGGAAUCACACCAAACAGAAGGAAAGCCUGAAGCGAUAUAUGGAGACACAAAGGCCAUAUGCGAGCUAUCUACCUGAUCCUGCAGAGUUUGUUGCAGAGAAUAAUGCUUUCUCGGAAAGACAACUGCGUGACAUCUUCACAAAGUCCAGCUUCAUGACCGUUGCCGUUGGCUUUUUCGUGGCUUUGCCUCUGAUGCUUCCCAUUGAUCCUCGACAGCGGAUGCAAUCUCCCAAGAUGAAUCCAUCUCGCGUACACACGCCCGAGGGUCAGGUCGGAUGGGGCGGGUCUUGCAUGGCCCUGUACAAUGUUGAGAGUCCGGGUGGCUACCAAAAUAUUGGCCUCUCAAUCCCUUGCGCUGAUGUGCUUGGCUUCAAGAAGAGCUAUGCAGCCGAGCGGCCCUGGCUUGUGGAGGACUUUGACCAAGUGCAAUUCUAUGAAGUGUCCGAAGAAGAAUACGACAAGAUGCUGGCAGUCUUUCACAGUGGUCGUUAUGUGUAUGAAUACGAGGACACAGAGUUCGAUCUGGCAAAGCAUAACGAUCUGCUGGCUGAAACGAAGGAUGAAGUUGAGCGAAUCCGAAAAGAUCAGACUAAGCUCAAGACGCCAUGUCUGGACACCAUUGACGAGCUGCUGAAUGAUCCGGAGAUCAUCGCUGUGGAAGCACCUCUCAAUGCCAACGUGUGGAAGAUCGAAGUCAAGGAGGGCGACAAGAUUAAGCUCGAGCAGGUGGUGUCCAUCCUGGAGGCGAUGAAGUUGGAAAUCCCUGUGAAGGCUGAGGAGAGCAUGGAAGGUGCGGUCGUCGAGAAAAUGAUCUCGAAACCUGGUGAGACGGUCGAAGCGGGCAAGCCAAUAAUGCUGCUGAGGAAGGGCAAGUAG